AUGAGGAAAUUAUGCUGGUCAAUUUGUCCUAAUGACAAAUCCACACAUUGGCAACACGGGGAUGAUGAAGAGUCAAGGCAAUGCUUCCUGGCUGGUUUAGUAAUUAGAAGUUUGAGUAUCAGCACAUCAAAUUGGAGAUGCACAAAACCUCUUGGAGAUUAUUUGGCAGAACGGAAUAUUAUGGGAAUAUAUGAUGUUGAUACGCGUGCCAUCACUCGAAGGUUAAGGCAAGAUGGAAGUCUUAUAGGUGUAUUGAGCACAGAAGAAACUAAAACAGACGAGAAACUUUUGAAAAUGUCUCGCGGAUGGGAUAUUGUUGGUGUUGAUUUAAUUAGUGGCGUAUCCUGUAAGGAACCCUAUGAAUGGACUGACAGAACUGAUUCAGAAUGGGAGUUUAGUGCUGACGGGAAACCUGGAGAGACUUUUCAUGUUAUUGCAUAUGAUUUUGGCGUUAAGCAUAAUAUACUGAGGCGCUUGGCAUCAUAUGGCUGUAAAAUCACUGUUGUCCCUUCAACGUGGCCAGCAUCUAAGACUCUAGCAAUGAAACCAGAUGGAGUACUUUUCAGUAAUGGUCCAGGCGAUCCCUCUGCAGUGCCUUAUGCUGUAGAAACAGUAAAGGAAAUAAUUGGGAAGUUGCUUGGCCAGGCUUUAGGUGGUAAAACCUUUAAGAUGAAGUUUGGUCACCACGGUGGUAAUCAUCCUGUCCGUAACCAUCGCAAUGGCCGUGUUGAGAUCAGUGCUCAGGUUGGUUUCAGUUUACAACAACGUCUUGUCUUUAAUAUCUGUGCUGGUCUUGCUUUCCCUCGACUAAUGCUCAUGUCUCUUCAAUAUCAUCCUGAAGCAUCACCAGGGCCUCAUGAUUCAGAUCCAGUAUUGGUUUACUGGGUGGCCCGUAUGAUAUGGAUUAUGCUGUUCACGAGCCUCUUUAGACCCACGUUCUGCCCUAUUUUCUCUGAAGCAAGACCAAGUCCGAAGUACAUGUACCACAAGCAGUAUGCUUCUGCUUCCAAAACGGCGAAUGGUUUGGCCUGA